AAACGUAACGCUGUCUGACAGCUCGUUUCUGCUCCGCGCAGAUGGUUAUGGUGCCGUUAAUUGAAUAAUCAGUGAACGGACACUUUUUGAAUUCGAAUAAAUAUUUCGAUGUCGUCGCCCGCCGUCGAAACCCAUAUCGAUUCCGGUGCCGUGAUCCCGUGUAGACUGCGUUGUACCGCAGUGCCCCGUACAAUAGCCGACGAUUUCAAUUUCGAAAGAAGAAAAGACGAGAACGAAAAUCGAAAAACGGUAGACGUCGGGGACGUCGGAGCCUACCGGAUCUUUGCGAUUCGAGGAAGAUGAAGCUUUUGAUCUUGAUACUGGCCGGCGUAGCCGCGGCGGCGGAGGACAGCAGCAAAUGGUCGUGGGGCGACGACGACGAUGGAAAAGGAAGAACUGGCGAUAAUAGAUAUAUCAGAUACAGCGUUCACGAAAAUCCGGAAGAUGGUCCGAAUCAAUUUAGACCCCAAUAUCCAGGACCGUACGGACCUAACAGCAGACCCAUCACACCUGGAAACGGUAACCAAGUUCUCGUUGGACCAAACGGUCCGAGUGGAAUUGUCGGCAGACCGGACUACAGGCCGAUAAGGCCAGGAGGCGAUGGAUUCGACUACAAUUCGGGACCGGUGGUUCCAGGUGCGAAUUUGGACCCCAUACUUUACGGUCCAGCGGUGCCGGCAUGGAUCAGGGAUGACCCCCGUUUCCAGGAAUUUGAUUCCUGCAAAUGUAGCCGCGGAUUUAAUUGCCCUGGACUGAAAUUUGGAUCCUGCUCGAGGGGUAAACAGUACUGUUGCUUCAGCGGCCGAAAAUACCACGGCGGUCGCCCCGGAUAUCCAAAUUCCGGAGGGAACUACCACAACAGACCUUAUCAGAACGGUCUGCCAUUCAGGCCCUUCAACUCGAUCCCACCCGAGUAUUACGGAAACGGUAAUUAUUACAACGGUAAUUACAACGGAGAUUACAGCGGAUACGAUCGGCCGUACAACAAUUACAACAGACCGUACCAUGGAAACCAUGGAAACUACGGGAACUACGGAAACGACGGGGACUACGACGGGCCCUACCAAGGACCCUACGCUCCCGAUUACUCCGGGAAUUACAACCCCUACAAUCAGGGUGGAGGUUUCAACUGGCAAAACCCGUACAGGCGCAGGCCUUACGACGGUGAUUUUUACGGCAGAUCGGGAAGCAAAACUAAAAAUGGAAACACCAAGACUGCGAACGACGUUUCACAGAGUAAACCGGCCACAGAUGGCAAAGACGAAUAAAUGUUCGUCUGUCUUUGAGGCGGAAAAUGUGAAACUGUAAGAUAGACUUAAGUAAGUUGUAGAAAAAAGCUUGGGGAUACCAAAAACGGUCCAUAUCAACCAGACUCUGAUAACAAUUGUGAUGAGUUCGGUUUAUUAUCUCUGAUAAUUUUCAUUCGUUAUCUAGACAACAUGAUCCCUCUUAAUUCCAGCACUUUCUCGAUAAUUUUCAAACACUUGUUUCAAGCUACCAAAGUACGUAUAAGGUCGUCUUUUAAAUUAUUACCAUACACACGCAUUUGCAUCAUCGCAUAGUAUACGAUACUCUUGCGCCGAUCUGUACCUAACGUAAUUUAUUGUAAUAAAAUUCAACUUUUCUUUACA